AUGUUUAGCAGCUCAGAAAUAAGCAGUAACAAUGGGUUUGCCUUCUCGAACCCCGCCAACAAAAACACUCUAAUCAAGAACAGUAUCCCCACCGGCGGUGGGGAUUUUACCAAGGGCCGAGAAAUCAACGACGGCUCUGAUUUGUUCCAGGGCUAUGGCUUAUCAAGGUAUCGGUCCGCCCCGAGUUCGUUCCUCGCGGCCCUUUUGGAUCCGAACCCGGAUAACAACAGCAGCAGCGGUGACGAAUCUGAAGCUUUCUUCUCCGCCUUGAUUGACGCCCAGCACGAUCUGAAUCAGAAAAAUCAGCAUCAGGUGCAGUACCCCACGAAGCAGGAGAUUGGGGACGAAACGGAGACCCGACCCGGGUUUUUCCCAAACGGGCACGCGGGCGGGUAUGUCGGGUCUUACUCCGUGGGUAUGGAGAAUCAGGUUCAUGUGAGCUUGGCUGAUAAUGGAAACAGCUCGAAUCUGGUUAGACAGAGCAGCUCACCUGCUGGGUUUUUUAAUGGAUUUGGUGUAAUGGGAGAGGUAGGGAACUACAGAGUCCAAAAUCAUGCUGACGCCAGCUCAUCGGCUUCUGGUUUUAGCAGUCAUUUGAACUUCUCGGUGGGCCCAUGUUCCGGCUCACGAUUUAUGCCCACCAUACCCGAAAAUCUGAACGAGAGCACCUCCACGUGUAGCCCUGAAAAUGGUCGAUCAAGAAAUGGUAAUAACUCUUGGAAUGAACCUCCCUUGAAAAGAAAUCGAGAUGGUGAACCGAAAAUGUACUCCAAUUUCAAUGUGCUGGAAAAUCAGAAUGGAGAAAGUAGAAAAAUGCCGAGCGGUUUAGUUUCGCACAUGAGCUUGCCGAAAACUAGUUCUGAGAUGGCGACAGUGGAAAAUUAUCUGCAUUUCCAGCAAGAAAGUGCUGUUGUUCCUUGUCAAAUUCGAGCCAAACGAGGCUGUGCCACUCAUCCAAGAAGCAUAGCCGAAAGGAUGAGACGAACUCGGAUAAGUGACAACAUGAAGAAGCUGCAAGAUCUUUUCCCGAGUAUGGAUAAGCAAAUAAACACAGCUGAUAUGUUGGAUUUAGCAGUGGAGUACAUUAAAGACCUCCAGAAACAAGUUAAGACUCUAACUGACACGAAGACGAAGUGUGUGUGUUCAAACAAACCUUCGCAAACAAGCCCAACUACGUAG